GGGGGAUUGAUUUUCUUAUGGUGGCAAAGUUUUGGCUUUUUAUUGAGAGAUUGAUUAUUCCUUGCACAGUUUCAUCACCGGGGAAUAUGAAUGAAUGUGAAGAAAGAUUGAAUUUUUACCAAUUUUUUAUGUGCGAAGGUUUGGCUUUUGUCGUCGGAUUUUGGUUUGUUAUGUUUGUAAUCAGCGUGUUUAGGGUUGCUGCUGAUUAAAGGUUGAGGUCGAAAUAUGGAGAUUCUUGAAUUUAUAUGCUUUGCUGUAUUUUUUUUUUUUUUCCCCGUCCAACUUCACUCUCUUCCUCAGAAACCCAUAAAAGAAAGAGGAUUUUCCUACUUUUUUGGAAGCAAAUAAGACAUGAAGCUGAAUUUGCUACAUGAAAGCUCUGAUGGUUUCUAAUUGUUAAAAUUGAAAAUAACUUCUUUUUUAUGGCAAUAUUUGAUCUUUCAUAUCAUGUUGAGCAACCCUGAUCAUGUGAAUGAACUUGAAUGGAAGAAGGAUCUAGUCACAAUUGAGGUUCUUAUUGUCCGAAGAUGCAAAGCCUCAGAUCAACCAUUUUGAGUUAUGCGCGGAUUAGAGUUUCUACCUCCAGGCAGUUGUUUCCUCGAGAUGAGAAUAUAGUACACAGACUCCUUAAUAUGCAACUGCAGGCAUGCAGCUUAUCUUCUGAUACCACCACGAAGGGUCAAAUACUGGAUCGCGUUAUUGCAUUGGUGAAGAAGUCUUACAAGAUUGACGCCACUAAGGUCACCGAGACAGCUGAUUUCCAAAAGGAUCUGAGCCUUGACAGUCUAGAUAGAGUUGAACUCAUCAUGGCCUUUGAGGAAGAAUUCUCCAUCGAGAUACCAGAUGAGGAAGCAGAUAAGUUGAAAUGUUGCGCAGAUGUAGCUAACUACAUCAUGUUGUCUGAAAGCGGUCCCAAAAGUGCGGACACUUCCUAAUUAGAAUGGCCACGUGCUUCUUCAGGAAGCUAUGUGUAGUAGAGAUUCAUUUGAAAUUGUGAAUUGAUUACUUUGGCAGGUUCCUCAGUUUUGCGAAAUCUAUACAAAUGUUGUUAUGAUGUCUUUCCAUAAUGUUGGUUGAGGUUUAAAGCUGUGGUAAUCAAUCCAUUGUUUUUAGUGGACAAGAGUACAAUGUAUUUCAUGGGCACUAUCUUCUGUAUAUACACACUGCAACCACUCGCCCUUGGAAUGGCCAUCAGAGUUUAAGGGGAAGGGGAGGAAAAAGAAACAGAAAAGAAAGGGCAAAGUGUUGAAAAAACCGCAGCUUUGUUGUGACUGAAGCGCCUCCAAGACAAAGCAGGGAUGAAGAUGAAGAAAUGCGGUCUCAGUAUGUGUGUUUCCUGGAAUUCUUGGACCGAUUCUUCCUGCAUAAUGUACCCGAAGGUCUAUUGGUGGUAGUCAAGUUGAUGGUAUCGGUGGUGUAAGUGCGGGACCCGGCAUCAUCGAUGGUUCGCAAGGAGAUUCCUUUGUGUUUGCCUCUGAAAGCAUGCCUGCAUUGGGAGUGUUUUGGGAGGCUGAGUACUUUGAGGAGGCAAGCUUGCUCAAGAUUAGGGUGGGCAUGGAGAUGAGAGGGAAGGUGAAUAAGGAAAUCGCCGUAUUCAUCAGUUGUGCCUCUUGCCCAUGACUUCUUUGAUGAUCUUCUUCCUCCAAUAUUGUUGUGAUUGCCACACAUAACAGCUACUGAUGCACCUGCAACACCCAAAAUCACAUUCCAGAUUAUAUAGACUGACACUGGGAUUUUGUAAAAUGUCUCAGAAACAUAAAAUGGCCCAGUCGGGAUUUUUCGUAAAAUUCUUUCGGGCGUCCCAAAAAAUAAGAGUCUUAUUUAUUUUACGAAAUAAUUCAACAAACAUGAUUUUCUUUUUAAGUUUUUGGAAUGGAGGUAGUUGGAAAGAAUGAGCCAAUGAUGUUCAAUAGGCCAACCACAACAGUUUUCUGACAGUAAUCUGUGAUUUUGUGGCUCACAUCUUUUUCUAACUCACGUUUUAAACCAUAUCAUUGUAGCCAUUGCAUACCACAUUUUCUUACUGCAACGUGUAAUAAGUAAAAUAUUUAGGCUACUUUUUUUUCCCCUUUCUCUGUACAAUAAUAAUAAUCAAAUGGAGUAGUUUUUUUAAAAAAAUUUUGGGUAAAAAUAAUAUCUAUGCCAGAUUUCAAAAUUAAUAUGACUUAUGUGCAAGGUUGGAAAAAAGUAACUAAUAAACAAUUAGUUACCACAAUUAGCUACUCUCUCCACUCUAAAAUAAUAAAAAAUAGGACAAUUAUUUUGCGACGAAAAGAAUAAUAUAUAAAAAUAAAUUUAUGGUUUCCGUGCAAAAUUUAUUUGACACAAGAAACAAAAACCCGACCCGAGGGUGGGAUUCAUAGGCAGUUUCGAAGAGUAUUUACAGCUUUGGUUUGAGUUAUUUAAGGUUUGGCACACAAGCACAAAGGUUGUUUUAUAUCAUAACAUAAACGUGAUGAGGAGCUCCACAAUUCUUUUUACCCUUUUUAUUUUUUUUGAAGACCAAAUCAAAAGUGUUUUCUUUAGUCACUUGACUACACUUGAUUAAAUCAGUAGCUAUUCGCACAGCUUAUGAUUUAUCCUACUUUCAAAUGUUUAUAUUAGAGAAACUCUCUUUAUUUUAGCUUCUUUUUUUUUUAUUUUAUUUUGAAGCAAAUCUAUAUGCGAGCCAAACAAGGGAAAAUGUGAGGUGAAAGUAAAUAAAUAAAAUUAAUGAAGUAGCACCCUAUAGAUAUCUAUCUAUAAUUGUUGGAGUACUUACUACUGGUAAUUGAUUGAAGUGAGUUAGUGAUAUAAUUAAUACUAGAAUUAAAAUUAAUAUAUCGGGAACAAGCUCAGAGUUUUGUAACGCCCGUUUCACUUGUUAUCCCCGCAACAUUUACUUUAAACUCUUUAUUAUAUUUACAGAGCUCAAUGUUUUUUGGUUUUCUGAUUACCAAAUUAAACACGCCAGGAAAAAAAAGAAGCAUAUGGAAAAGAAAGUUAGAGACAUGCAAUUUCAUUAGAAAACAACCGUAACAGUUGAAAAGAAAACAUUAAUCGGAGAUGAUAAGAUGCGAAAAUUAAUGGAUGAAACAAAUAAAUGGUGUAAAAAAAAAUUAAUGAGGUACUACUACGUAGGUGUAAAAUGAUGGAUCGGCCACCACCACCACCACCACCAAUUAAGUUUAGUAUACAUUAGACUGCAUGCAGUAUUAUUUCCGGAUGGUGUUUUUAAGUGUGACUUUUUUCAUGUUUCUUUUCGAUUCUUACAGAACUUUUAUUAAAAUCUUAAGAAUCUUAAUCUCGUCGACACCAAGAAACCAAAACGUAAAAAAAAAUAUAAUGAAAUCAAAUCCAUAUAUAUACAUGGUGAUUGCAGCGGGCCUGGACAGUAAUAUAGCGAAAUCUGAGAUGAAAUCAAAGCUACUUUUGUUGCUAGCUCACUCGUAAUUAAUUUAUUUAUGAAAAAAAAAGAAGAAGAAAAAGAUAGAAUUAAGAGGAAAAUAAAUUUGAAGAAGAGUAAGUGCGUAGGUAC